AUGUCGCAAGGCUGCUCCAAUAUUAAUAAUAAAUCCGUAUCGCCAAUUACAAUUAUAAACAAGCAACAGGUAAUCAAGCAAAAAAAAAAAGAGGCCUCAACGCAAUCAAACAAAAGAUCCCUACCUAUAUCACCAACGACACCAACAAUGCCGCCCACUGAAAUCACCAAAAAAAAACAAAAGCUAUUUGCCUCUCCUGAUCGCUAUAGCGCUCUCUCCAACACUGUUGAAUCUGAUGAUAAUGACGUCCCACCUGAGUCUCUUAGCCAGGAGCCAUCUGAUACCUCCAUAUAUGCAUCAACGAAAGUGCCAUUGCCGCCACCCAUUUUUAUCAAAGGCGUAUUAAAUUACUCAGCCGUACUCUCCGAACUUACAGAACUAACCGGACCAACCAGCUUCGUAUGUUAA